UUAUCAUAUUGGUGAUCCUCCUCUUCUUCUAUAGAAAGAGCUCUUCUUCUCUAUAGUAGAAGGGAGGAAACACCAAUUGAAAGUAGAGGACAUGGCAGCAUAUUGGUCUGGGCCGCUCCUACUGCUGGGGUUGUUGAUCCUGCAAAGCCCAUCAUGGGCGGUGGAGGGGGGCGAUGCACCUCCUGCAGUCUUCUUCUUUGGAGACUCAAUCUUGGAUGUAGGUAACAACAACUACCUCAAUACGAAGGCCAAGUGUAAUAUGGCUCCUUACGGUGUGGACUUCCCUGGCGGGAAGCCUACAGGAAGGUUUAGCAAUGGCCUCAACAUUGCAGACUUCUUAGCUAUGCAGGUGGGAUUGAAGGAGAGCCCACCAGCUUUUCUCUCCCUCUCAGGGCAGAACUUCCAAAAGGGUCCCUUCAGUGGUGUCAAUUUUGCUUCGGGAGGAUCGGGCAUUCUCGACAAAACCGGCAGCAACUUUGGGCAAAAUCUACCGUUGAGCGUACAGAUCUCCCACUUCAACAAAGUCUACAACGACUUCAGAAUCGAAGUAGGUGAAGCUCAUGCCCGAGCAGUGUUGGCUGAGUCUCUCAUCUUCAUAAGCGUCGGAGGCAAUGACAUCGUUCAGAACUUUAAUCCCUCAACCCAAAUGGACCAGCUGGUCGCGAAUCUUGCUGUAACCUACAAGGCACAUUUACAGAAACUUUAUAGCAUCGGUGCAAGGAAGUUUGGGAUAUUGGGUCUGUCAAAGACUGGGUGUAUCCCAGUGCUGCGAGCGCAGAGCAAGACUGGAGGCUGCAUUGAGGAACUGAAUUACGUGUCCCAAAGGUUCGACAAUCAAGUGGAAAAUAUGUUGCGACAGCUUUCCUCAGAGCUGAGGGGAAUGAAGUACUCGCUUUUUGUUGGGACUCACCUACCUGAAGUUGCUUUUUACGUGUCCUAGGGUUCGCUGAAAUGAAGACUGCUUGCUGCGGAUCGGGCAAAUUCAACGGCGAGGUCCCUUGCAAUCCGAAAGCUAGUUUAUGUGCCAUGCGCAACGACUACUAUUAUUGGGACACCUUCCACCCAACGCAGGCAACGUCAAAACUGGUGGUGGACCUUAUGUACAACGGCUCCCCACAAUACGUUGUUCCCAUCAACUUCAAGCAAUUAUGGAGGUCUUAGAGAGAGAGAGUGAGAGAGUUAUGACGAAUGCUUUGUUUUGUCAUGAGUACCGAUCUUUCAAAUUAGUUUUUGUGGAUGAAGUUCCAACAAUCUUAUCAGAGGAACUGGCUUUUUGUUUGUCAUGAUCAUCCCCGUGUGUUUUUGUUUCCUGCCUUUAUAAAUGGAUCAUCAGUUGGUUUUCCUCUUU